AUGGCGGGCUUGUCACUUCAGUCUACCUACAAGUUGGUGUCAGGAUAUGAGAUUCCGGCACUCGGCUUCGGUGUAUACCAAACCCCCUCUGAUGUCACCGAAAAAGUUGCCCUUGAGGCUCUGAAAGUGGGAUAUCGCCACAUUGAUUGCGCCAAGGUCUACCGGAACGAGGCAGAGAGUGCCGAGGCGAUUCGAAAGUCGGGGCUCGAUCGCUCGCAGAUCUUCUAUACAAGCAAGGUCCCUACGUCGUAUAUGGGUUAUGAGCAGGCGAAGCAGGCCAUCGAGGAGAGUAUCGCAGCUGCCAAGCUGGACUACAUUGACCUAAUGCUGAUCCACGCCCCUUACGGUGGAAAGGAAGCUCGCCUUGGAGCAUGGCAGGCCUUGGUGGAGGCGCAAAAGGCAGGCAAGGUCCGCUCGCUAGGCGUGUCCAACUUUGCAAUCCAGCACCUGGAAGAGCUUGAAGAGUACAUCAAGAAUGGGGCCGGCGGUGAAAUUAGUGUCGGCCAGUACGAGAUUCAUCCGUGGUGCCCGCGUGAGGAUAUCGCCGAGUGGCUCAAGAAGCGCAACGUUAUCGUGGAAGCGUACUCCCCGCUUGUGCAGGCGACCCGAAUGGAGGAGCCCGUUCUGAAGAAGCUUGCCGAGAAGCAUCAAAAAAGCCCGGCGCAGGUGCUGAUCCGAUGGAGCUUGCAAAAGGGCUACGUCCCCCUUCCCAAAUCGGCCACCGAGUCGAGGAUCUUGGAUAACGCUCAGGUCUUUGAUUUCACGCUCUCGGAAGAGGACAUGGCCAGUCUUGCACUCAAUGAGUAUGCGCCUGUCUGCUGGGAUCCGAUUCGCGACUGCAAAGAAUAA